UUAAGUUAGUACAGGAGUUUCUUGAUUCCGAGUCCACUCAGUUGGGGGUUGUAGAAAAACCGGAAGGGAUUCAAUUCCAGUCUCGCAGUAUCUGGUACUCUCUCAUCCUCUCCUUCGAUCUCUUUCUGUCGAAUUGCUUAUCAUUUCAGAAUCACAUUGAAGUAAUUCAAUUUUAUCUUCUAAUCCAUGAAUUCUCAUGAAAACCAUUACCACCCCAGAAACCAAACCAAUAGAACAAACACUAAACCCUUAACAUUCUAUUUAUUACCAACCCUAAUCCUGCUUCUAGCAAUUUCAUUCGGUUUCUUCCAAAUCCAACACCUGAAAUCAGUUCUCUGGCCACACCCCAAGAUUUUUCAGUCAAUUUUUUCAGAAACCCAAGAACCAAAUCCCAUUUCCUUGCCUUCAAAUUGUGUGUUAUGGAUGGCUCCCUUCCUUUCAGGGGGUGGUUAUUGCUCAGAAUCUUGGUCCUACAUCUUAGCUCUUAAUGAAUACAACUUGAAGAACCCUAGAUUUAGACUUAGUAUUGAACAACAUGGUGAUUUACAAUCUUUGGAAUUUUGGGAGGGUUUGCCUAAGAAUAUAAAGAGCUUGGCAUUUGAACUUUAUGAGAACCAAAAGCAAUGUAAAAUGAAUGAGACCAUUGUGAUAUGUCAUAGUGAGCCUGGUGCUUGGUAUCCCCCAUUGUUUCAGACCGUUCCCUGCCCACCAACCGGUUAUGAGGAUUUCAUGGUUGUGAUUGGUAGGACGAUGUUUGAGACUGAUAGGGUGAAUCCAGAGCAUGUCAAGCGCUGUAACCGAAUGGACUAUGUAUGGGUUCCUACUGAUUUUCAUGUGAACUCGUUUGUACAAAGUGGGGUUGAUCCAGCUAAGGUUGUGAAGAUAGUUCAACCCAUUGAUGUGAAGUUCUUCGAUCCAAUCAAGUACGAGCCUUUAAAUCUUGCAUCGAUAGGAGAUUUGGUCUUAGGUUCAAAGUCAGAGAAGAAUUUUGUGUUCUUGAGCGUGUUUAAGUGGGAGUAUAGGAAAGGCUGGGAUUUCUUGUUGGAAGCAUUUUUGAAAGAAUUCUCUCAAAUUGAUGGGGUUGCAUUAUACUUGUUGACAAAUCCAUAUCACUCUGAUAAUGAUUUUGGGAACAAGAUUCUGGAUUUUGUGGAUGGUUCUGAUAUAGAAAAACCUGAUAAUGGUUGGGCUCCUAUUUAUGUCAUUGAUUCUCACAUAGCUCAAAUUGAUUUGCCGAAAAUGUAUAAGGCAGCCGAUGUAUUUGUUUUACCAUCAAGAGGAGAAGGGUGGGGAAGGCCUCUCGUUGAAGCCAUGGCUAUGUCUUUACCAGUCAUCGCAACAAAUUGGUCUGGACCAACUGAGUAUUUGACAGAGGAGAAUGGCUAUCCAUUACCAGUGGAUAGGAUGAGUGAAGUAGUGGAAGGGCCAUUCGAGGGUCAUCUAUGGGCUGAACCUUCUGUUGAUAAACUUCAAAUCUUGAUGAGGCAUGUGAUGACUAAUAUUGAGGAAGCGAAGGCCAAAGGAAGGAGGGCAAGGGAAGACAUGGUCAGAAGGUUUUCCCCUGAGAUAAUUGCUGGGGUUGUUGCAGAUCAUAUCCAAAAUAUAUUUGAAAAGAUGCUUUAGGACUUGCAGGUCUUUCCUUUUUCUUAGGCACUCUGUCAAAAGUCGUAGUAGUCGAGUUUGGCUUGUUUAGCUGAUUUAUGCUUGCAGUUUUGUAGUUUUCUGGUCAAGUUCAAAGGUGUUUUAGGAUCUGUGAUUUCUUGAGGCAAUUUUGACAAUUGAAGAAUGAACUUAUGAGAGUUAUUGUCGAAGUAAAUUUAACUGAAGCUGCAUCUGAGCAGAAAAGCCUGUUCUGUGGAAUGCAUUAUUGGCAGCCUUCUGGUUCCCUGGGGGAUUAGAUGAUACAAAAAUGUGUUAUGAUUAACUUUGUGCUUUCUUAUCCGCAAUGAAUCUUCCGUGAUUAGUUUUUCGU